CGUUGGGCAGCGAGGAGGCGGUUGGGGGCGGUUGAUGCCCGGCGGCCGCCCACAGCCGCACCGCCCUCCGGCACCUUUAUGGCGGCCACCCACGGCCUCUUUUCUUUCUCCCCUGCCAGCCAUGCUGUCCGCCGCGGCCCCGCUGCCCAGGGAGCGGGCGGUGCCGCCUGCGAGAAUGAGCUCGCCUUCUACGUGCUGUGGGCGCUGCAGGAGCCGCCGCGGCGGCUGAGCAGCCAGUCCAGCAAGAUGGGCUACCAGGCCUGGCUGCCCCUGCCGCUGCCCAGGCAGCUGGUGGUGUUCAGCCUGGGGGACUGGAGCUGCUACUCCCCAGACACCAGCAUCACAGUGGACGUGUUGGUGGCACCAGGCAUCGGGGUGCAGCAGCUCGGCACACUGGGGCCUGCCUGCAGGUCGCUGGUGUGGGAAGGUGACUGGAGGACAGAUGUUUUCAAGGCCUCAUUGAAAGAAACACAUGAAAGCAACCCUGUGAAGCUUGUCCUGACUGUCCAUGGACAGCUGCUCCGUGGAGUCUCCAGCAGUACGCCUGCCCACUCAUUUCUGGUCCCAGAGGCCACCCAGUCCCCAGUGCUUCCUGCUGCUGAUAGGCCCCUUGAUCAGGAUGUGGAGGAUCCUUCUGCUGUUAAGGGUCAGAACUCUGAGAUGAUUGCAAGAGCUUCCUGGCCUGUCAGGAAGGACUUCCACACACCACUAAGGAGCCUAGUGGUACCCUAUGCCCUGAAGCCAGCACCUCAUGAGGUGGAGCCCAGUGACAACUGGAAGGAGAGCCCUGUCUGCCCCAAGAAGCCCAGAAAAAUUUUAUUUGAACCCAGAGAAUCUGAGAGAGAGCUCGAUGUAGAAGAUCUGGCAGUGGAGGAGUUGCAAGGCAGCCCCAGCCCACGGUGGUGCCAUGCCAUGUGCCUCAGCGACCUGGGAACAGCUGUUCUGGUUGGCGGAGAAGGUGCUGAUCAGCAGCCCUGCAAGGAUGCUCUUUGGAAACUGGAAAUUGACAGCAAUUUCUGGUUUCCAGUGAGUCUCCAGGAACAAAAUACUAUGCCAUCAUGCUUACGUGGCCACACAGCUACCUAUGACCCAGACACCAAGCGAAUCUAUAUUUUUGGGGGCAUUAAGGAGGAUGAAGACUACAGUGGCAUUUACAUUCUGGACACAGUCACCUGGAAAUGGCUUCUUGUGGAUGCUAAAGGAAGAAUACCAUCGCUGACCUACCACAGUGCAACUAUCUAUCACAAGGAGCUCUUUGUUUUUGGAGGGGCUUUCCCCAAAGUGGCACCAAUGGCAGUUGGACCCUGCAGCAACAUACUCUACGUCUUCAAUCCAGAACAUGAAAUUUGGUACCAGCCCAUCUCAGAAGGGGAGAAGCCUCUGCCUAGGCUUGGGCAUUCAGCUACUCUACUGAAGAACAAGCUGUUGAUCUUUGGGGGUCGGAGGUCUUGUCUCUACCUCAGUGACAUGCACGUCUUGGAUCUGGGUUUCAUGGAAUAUACCCCAGUUGCACUCUGUGGACAGCCUUCUGCACGUUGUUUUCAUGCAGCUCUGGCUGUGUCAGACUGGAAAGUUUUGAUCAGUGGAGGCUGCAGUGCUGAGGGAGCCCUGCAGGAUGCCUUUGUUUUUCACCUAGAUACUCUUUCAUGGAGCACAGUGAUCCACCCUGACCUCUGCUCUGUGCCACGAGCUGGCCACACAUUGCUUGAUCUAACUCCUGCCCACACAACUGAUGUCGACAAGGAGAACAAGAAUAAGCAUAACCUGCACACAGUGCUGGUCUUUGGGGGCUCCGACUGUGCCGGGACUUUUUACAACAUCACAAAGAAGAUUCAGCUGGACCUAGGAUAAUGGUUGGAAUUUCUGAAGAUGAUUCAGGUGUUUGGUUUAUUUUCAGAUGAGCAGAAUGGGAUUUGCUGCUGCAGCUUGAAAGUUCCUCAUCAUCAGAGUACCUACACAAUUCUGACAUAGAAGGAAAGCAUGUAAUGUGAGAUUUAUUCCUUUAGGAAAUAGUUUGCAGCUGAGGACUGGGAAAAUUCACAGGGCAUUGUCUGUGAAUAGGAGAAGGAAUAAAUUGACAUAAUUUUCAGCA